ACCACUCUUCCUCUCUCUUUCACUGCCGUCUCUGUAUAUUAGCUGUCUCUACUAAAUACUCUUCCAUUUUCCUCUCUCUCUCUCUCCUCCCUUUUCACUUCAUUGAUUAACUCUUUGUAUGUAUAUAUACACACUUUCAAACUCCCUCUCCCUCCUUUCACACCCCCAAUUUCGUGAUCCUCUUCACAAUUUUCACUCUGCUUUCGCGUCGUUUCCUUUUGCUUUCUUUGUUUAUUUAUGCGUGUAUUUCCGCGUGUGAAAACGUACAUACACGCCUCUGCACUCGUAACUGCUGCUGUACAAUACAUGUGUUGCCACAAAUCCCUACGCCGUUAGCCAAAAUUACUACUCCAGUCCAUAUCUACCAAAAAAGGGCUCCGCCUAUGGAAUUCUCGAGUUCAGGCUCUGGAUUCCGCCUCGAAAGUUGAGAUUUUUCGUUUUCAUCUCUUCUCACACUGAUUCUGAUCCAGAUUUUGCGUUGAAUUAGCACUUUUUCGCAUUUGCUGUCUACUAAGGGAACUUGUGUAGGAGAAGAUGUUGCAACAUAAAAGAGGCCCUAUAUCUCUUGAGCAAAGCAGCUUCAUGGAUAUCAUGCCAAAACGACUAAAGACGGAUGACUCUCUUUCUUCAAAGGAAAAGAAAGAGAAAUUUAGCGAACGGAUUUCUGCGCUUCAACAGCUUGUCUCACCAUAUGGGAAGACUGAUACAGCUUCGGUCCUCUUAGAAGCAAUGGAGUACAUAAGGUUUCUUCAUGAACAGGUUAAGGUACUAAGUGCUCCAUACUUGUAUAGUACACCAACACAAUUACAGGGUGAAGAAGGAUCCAGCCUCAGUGCCAAAGGCUUAUGCGUUGUGCCUGUCUCGUUCACUGUUGGAAUUGCUAACAGCAACGGUGCAGAUAUCUGGGCGCCCAUCAAGACAAGCCCUGCGACUUCCAAACGAGCUAUAUCCGAGGAAGCUUCCGUCAUAACCCAGAGUUAGAAGCUUCAGUGUCGGAGUGACUGUCUGCACGAAUGAGAAAGAUCACAUUUUAGUUAUUAGAAGCUAUUGAUCUGGGAAUGAAGUGAUGAUGAUAGUGUAUGUAUGAACUAAGAUGUAAAUUUAUGGGAAAAUGGUUGGAAUAAAUCAACACUUUUUUUGAGUUUUCUAA